AUGAAAGAUCCUGUCACGGUGGUGACUGGCAUCACGUAUGACCGGGAAAGGAUCAAGCACUGGCUGCUGAUGGCGGAGGACAGCACGUGCCCGGUCACGAAGCGGCCUUUGCCUAGAGACUCUGAUAUGACGCCAAACAUCACACUCCGCCGGCUCAUCCAAGCAUGGUGCAUUAUCAAUGCCAACAAUGGAGUAGAUCGGAUUGCUACCCUGAAAUCCCCUCUCAACAGGUCUCAUGUUCGUAAACUCGUUCGAGACCUUAAAGUGCCUCACCUCUGCGUAAAUUCGUUAAAGAAAAUGGAAGAACUCGCCAACAUGAACGAAAAGAACGGGAAAUGCAUGGUGGAAGCGGGCGUGACAAGAGAGAUGGUUUUGUUGAUAGUGAAAUGUUUCAAGGAAGGAAAAUUUGAGGGUGUCGAGGAAGCUUUUAGGGUUCUACAUCUUAUAUGGACUCCGAAUUCUGAAAACAAGCAGUUGGUUAAAGAAAACUUUGAUUUUAUUGAGUCAAUGAUAUGGGCUUUGGGAUGUGAUCAUGUUGAGAAUCAUGUGGAGGUGAAAACCCAUUCCCUGUUAACUAUGAAAAUGAUCUUGGAGGUUGUGAGUUCGAAUGUGCUUGAGCGAUUAAGGCUCGAUUUCUUCAAGCAGAUAGUAAAGAUUUUGAGAGAGAGAACUUCUCAUGAUCAACAAGUUCAGAAAGCUAUCUUGCACAUCUUAAUAGAAGCUUGCCCUUGGGGGAGAAACAGGAUGAAAAUCGUCGAGGCAGGGGCGAUUUUUGAGCUCAUUGAACUUGAAUUGGAUAAGCCUGAGAAGAAGGUGACUGAACUCAUAUUCUGCCUUUUGGCUCACUUGUGUUCUUGUGCUGAUGGGAGAGAGCAACUUCUAAGUCACGCGGGCGGUGUUGCCAUGGUGUCGAAAAGGGUCCUGAGAGUCUCUCCGGCAACAGAUGAUCGGGCGAUUCACAAACUUAUGCUGAACUCUAGAUUCUGUGCGACUCAUCAACUUCUUCUAGAGAUGUUGAGGGUUGGAGCUGUGUCAAAGCUUUGCAUGGUGCUCUAA